AUGGAGCCCCCAGAGGGCAAUUGUCUCUCACCUAGCGCAUCUCGGCGAGGACAACUGCCUCUGGCUUAUCCACGCCCUUCCCAUUCUAUGUCGCUGCGAUCCCAUGACUUGGCCCCUCAACCCUCAAGAAGCCCUGCUACGCCAGGGACCUCGCUCCUUGAACGAGCAAUGCGCCGCUCCAUCAAUGCCAGCGGUAUGACCCCACCCCCCUCUAGCGAAAUCACUUCAAGUGUCGAACAAAGUAUGCUAAUCGAUUUCAUCUUCUCUUUAGACCAAACCCCCUCCCCCGAUAGCACUGGAGAUGGGAAUUAUGAAUCUUCUUCUGAUUUCUUGCAAACGUCUCCUUGUGCCAGGCUCAGUCAUUCUUCUCUAUUCUUGCUGGAGGAGAGCACCCUCGCCGGACCUACACUCGGUAGCGUAUGGGAAAAUAGUCCGAAUCUCAACUCUGGCUGGAACUUUGAUAUCCGUGAAGACCAACCGGAGAAGAAAUCACCCUCUCCCAGCACCCCACGAUCUUAUGGUGGCAUAGACGAAGACAAGGAGAACAUUCUACCUAGUGACUCUGACCACGAGGCUCUAAGCCAGACUCAGGCUCAAAUUGAUGACGCUAGCUCUAACGGUCUCAACAAUAUCCAGCAGGACGCAUUUGGCUUCGAAAUCUUCCAUUACGCAGAUGCUCUUGCUGAGCUUCCCGUUAAUCGAUACGGAGAUCCUGCACCCCCUGCUAGCAUUUUUGCUUAUGAUCCUGUUCCUGCCUCGCCUACUCGCAGUCCAGAGCAGAUGGAGGUGGAUGAGGAAGAUGAGUCCCGCCGCGAGAAUCGGGCUGACUGGCGCCGUGUCCUAGAUGAAGAUCAGAUUCGGGAGCUUCAGCGCCUGAGUGAGGUCUUUUCUAGUGGGCUUGAGCAGCGGGGGCUGCAUAAUCUCCCUUACACAAUGGCAAACCAGCGUUUCCUGGGAGAUUCGGACUUCUUAAUGGAGGAUCGACACGGCGCUGGACAGCAGAGCCGUCGCACUCGUGGAUCCAACUUCUAA